GAAGCGCAGGAUGUCCAGGAUGCGGUUCCUGGUGGCGUCGCUCCUGCUCGGUGUCGUGGUGGCCGAAAACCAGGAACUGCCAUCCACCCACAGUACGACUGCCAGCCUGCCGGGAACACCCUCCCAGCCCAACAAGGAAAAUUCUAGGCAAGUUUUAAACCAGUCUUCGGCCGAGGGAAGCCCGGGCAAACCGGGAGGGCCGCCACCCCAGCCGCAGUCUGCGGAUGGAGAAUCCACCAAGCCUGAGCCAGCCAAGACGCAGGCCCCGGAACAAAGCUCCGGAAAGCCCGUGCUCACCGCGAAUCAACCCGCGACCGAGCCGAAGCCGAAGUCAACGGAAGAAGAAUCCUCUAACCCUUCGGGGCCUGAGUCCAAUCCUGUGGGAAGAGGACCCUCCAAGCCUUCGGAGUCCGAGCUGAAGCCCACGGAAGGGGGAAAACCCCGCAGGCCUGUGGGAACUGAGACCAAGGCUGCGGAAGAAAAAUCGACCAAGCCCGCGGUCACCGGGAAGCAGCCCCCAGAAGGAGGUGCCAACAAGCCUAACGCCAGCCCCUCUGCUAAGGAGACUUCCAAGACUGGCAAAACCCAGCUAGAUGCAGAGACGUCUCCACAUGUUUCCAAAACACUGACAGUGGACUAUGAGCUCUCCUCACGUCAGCAGGAAAGCAAGGCAAAGCCCUCCGAACCUCCUGAGGAUGUGGAGCUCAAGGAGAAGGAAUGGGAUUCAGAGCUUGCAGAGAGCUCACCGCCAGAGGAAGAGAAAGAAAAGGUGCCCGGCCCCGCCUCCAAUGAGAACCGUGAAGGGACACUUUUGGAUCCUAUGAGUAAUGGGAAGGAUGACCUUUAUAAGGACAGUCCUGGGAGUGCCAGCGCAGAGAGCAGUCAUUUCUUUGCGUAUCUAGUGACCGCUGCCAUUCUUGUGGCUGUCCUCUAUAUUGCCUAUCACAACAAGCGGAAGAUUAUUGCUUUUGCAUUGGAAGGAAAAAGAUCCAAAGUCACUCGCCGGCCAAAGGCCAGUGACUAUCAACGUCUGAAUCUAAAGCUUUGAUCUAUGUCUUCAAGAACUUUGUCCUCCCUGCUGAUUUGUUUCCAAAUCAAGAGAAAUGAAAAAUACUGUGACCUCCUCUGGGGUUUGGUGGCAAGUCUGGGCUGGCAGAGGCCAGGGAUUGCUUUGGGUUUUGCACCUGCACUUUGGUGAUAUUAUACUCUGUGACAUUGUACUUUUGUGUUCCCUUUAUGCUGACAUGUUCCAUCUAGCCUUUCUUCCUCUUGUGUGAGUAAGGGAGCAUGUGGAAACACAGCUAUGACCAAAGGGAGACCCCAGCUCGGGCAGGCUGCACUGCUGACCACCCUCCCUUGGCAUUGGCUCUGUAGUGAAGUUAGCCCUGGACUGUAGCAUUGCACUAUUUAUCUUUGCAGAACCAAGAGAAGACUCUGUUAAUCAAAAGGUUUUUUUCUACUAAGGCCUCUUUUGGAUUGAUAUACCCUUUUAGAAGAUGAUGAAAUGCUGAUGGGCCAGAGGUCUGCUUUGAACAUAUAAUUCACUUCAAAGAUUUUAACAGCAAACCAAAAUAGCAGGCUAAAAGUGCUUUAUUGCCUGUAAAUCUUAAUUCAUCAAGUAUAGUUCUCUGCAUUGUUCUGCUAUUUUAUGUUAAUUAAGAAAAAAGUGAAUUAGCUCUGCUUUUGCGAGCAAAAAACUGAACUUGGGGUUUCUGGGAGUAAAGCCACUAUCCCAUCAGAUUGCUUUGUAAAUGUGCUUAUGAUUAUUAUUUCCUACAUUCAUAAUCAAUAGAAAGAACUUCCUGAAAAGGGGCAAGUUCAUAUUUUGUGCAAGAAACCAUGUAUUGAAGGGUUUUAGUCUAUGUUUUUUUCCAAAGGGCUUUUAUGGAACAGGUUUCCCACAGACUUCAUGUUACCCUUCAUUGUCUAAAAUAGAAAAAAUAGAUUUAUAUUUAGAAACUGCAUUGUGUACAUUUUAUUUUAAUCCAUUUAAUGGUUCUCUCCUCUAAAAUACUAAGCAUAGCUAGUAAAAAUCUGUACUUCAUUCCAUGUUAGGGAUCCAGCGGGUUCCCCUGGAGUAACAGAGAGCAGUGUCUUGGAUGACAGUGUUGCUCAGUUUAUUUCAGUCUGCCUAAAGAGAGGUGAAUCUCAGCCAAUCUCAGGGACAUGCAAAGAAUGUAGGAGGAGAAGGAGGGAAGAUGAAUUCUGUUGAGAAGUCAGUCUAAAGAAGGGACCAUCCU